CAGUCGGUCUGUCCCUUGUGUUGCGAGGAGUUGGAUUUGAGUGAUCAGAGUUUCUAUCCCUGUCCCUGUGGAUACCAGGUGUGCAUGUGGUGCUGGCACCGCAUCAAGGAAUCGGAGUCGGGCUUGUGUCCGGCUUGUCGAUCCCCAUACGGCGAAGAUCCCCACCAAUUCAGUGCAGUCGACGUGGAAGCCGCUCUCAAGGCCAACAAACUAAAAGAAGACGCCGAUCGGACCUUGUUGGCCAAUAUGCGCGUCAUCCGGCGGAAUCUCAUUUACGCCGUCGGGCUACCCCCUUCCAUCGCUAACGAAGAAACACUCCGCAAACCGGAAUAUUUUGGACAGUACGGACGUAUCGCAAAAAUGGUACUCAACCGCAACAACGUUACGGCCUCCAAUACCGUCAUCAACGGUGAAAUCCGUCGCGCCUCCGCCAGCGCCUACGUAACCUUUGCGCACAAAGAAGACACGUUGGCUUGCAUACUGGCGUUGGACGGAUUGGUACUCGAUCACCGCAGCGUGCGAGUAAGUUACGGUACCAGCAAGUACUGCUCCUCCUUUAUCAAGAGCGUCCGCUGCAACAACCCCGAAUGCACGUACCUGCACGAAAUGGGUGCGGAAGAAGACACCUUUACGAAACAAGAA